UUAUCUGCAUUAAGGGUAUAAAUUUUUUGCGAUAGUCAAAAAGUAAAAUAAGCUUUUGGCAUAACGUUCGGUUCACACGAACGGUGGAAAAUUAGGAUUGGUCGCUCAGUAAAGGUUGGUUAAGAACUAUUCAUUGUAAAGCUACCUUUCAAAUCAAAAAUGACUAUCGUUUCGGUUGAAAUUACUGUUAACAGAUAAUGUUAAGGAUAAAAUUUAAAUGUGCUGUUAAAGCAAAGCAAGCAGUAAUUCUAAAAUUAACGUUAUCGAUGAGUUUACAAUUUCAAAUCUAUAUCGAUCCAUUACCGUGUCGUAUCACCUUUAUGUAUGAAGCUAAACAUUCGAACUUUUGCAGCUACAAAUAUGAAUAUUCAUCGAGCAAAUGCAACCAUCAAGGAUCAAAUCGAAAGCUAUCUUGGGUUUAUAGAAAGUCAUACCGAGAUGACCAGAAGUCUUCAGGAUGGAGUAACUUAAUCGAUGUGCUCAACGAAAUAGAACACUGAAUGCUUUUAAAUCUUUAUGAUGAGGCUGAUGGCAUUCUAUUGGGGUCUCACUCAUUAAAGUUAGGUUAAAUGACAAGCGGCUUGGUGAACU